AUGAUGCUAGGAACUACACCAGGUAUUCAACCAAUAGCUACUCCUCAACCAAUGACCCCUCUUCAAUCCAUGACUCCUCUUCAACCGAUGGCUCCCGUUCAACCACCAAAACCAUGGAAAAUAAAAUUUCCAGCGAUUAUUUCUGGUAUACUCUCUUUUCUACAAUUUGGAAUUACAUUUGUCAUUAUUGGAUGUGAAGUUGGUAGUGUACUUAUUGAUAUGGUUACUGCAACAAUCUAUGUAGGUUUUUGGGCAAGUUUAUUUUUUAUAUUUGCAUGGAUUUCACAAGCAACGACAUCAUGUUGUUGUCGUAAUCGUGGUUGUGCUACAUAUACACUUAUAAUGCAAGUUAUCUCAUUAUUUUUCGCAGCUUGUGUUAUCGGUUUUGAUUCAUAUUAUAUAAUUUAUCCUACAACAUGUUUUUUUUCAUCAUCUAUAUGUAACGGUUUAGGAACUACUCGUGGUCUAUUUUAUACAUAUUCAAAUUUUUAUAAUAUUAAAAUACCAUUAAUUAAAGGGCAAUUAGCUGCUGGUGCUGUUAUGUUUGUUUUAUGUUUAAUUAGUAUUGGAAUAUAUAUCAUAACGACUAUACGAGUUUAUCGGGCUGCUAAACGACCGAUUGUUUAUCCACAAACAACACCGUAUUCAGUGCCACCGUAUUCAAUGCCACCUUUACCAACUGGACCUGAUGGUAUGGUAAUUGCUCCACCAGCUCUCAAUGUUCGUCCACCAAAACCUGGUUCUCCUUUAUAUCAUCGUCCAAUGAUUAUUCUUGAUAAUGGUGAAGGUCGUACUAAUGAUCUUGUAUGUCCAACUUGUAGUACAAUGAUGAAUGUUAGUGUACGCAAGAAGCCACCACAAUAA